AUGAGGAUGCUAAUGGCUGAGGACUCCAAUAAUGCUCAGAGUGAUUCUUUCUUGUUGGAUGACAGUUCUAGCAUCCCCUUCUCAGUGGAUGAUCUUUCUACAUCACUGCAAGAGAAGGACUUCUCAGACAUGAAACCAGCGGAUGAGCUUCUUGAAAAUCCAGCCUUCCAAUUUUUGAAUGAGUAG